AGCUCCACGAUAAAGCCGCCGCGAGCUUCAAACACAGCUCGAUAACAUUUGACCGGCGCAUCCAUUCCAGCAAGCCGAGCUCUACCUAGCCAACCAGAAUCGUCGGCGAUGGCGUGGAGGACGGCGUCGAUGCUGCUGCUGGUGGCGCUCGCGGUGGCGACGCGCGCCGACGCCGGUGGGAACUACGGCGCGUCCAAGUUCACGAUAACUGGCACCGUGCUGUGCCAGGACUGCACCAAGAACUGGAACGCCUACGCCUACAACGCCAAGCCCGUCGCCGGCAGCACGGUGGCGGUGACGUGCCUGGACAAGCACACGGGGCGGACGGUGUUCUACGGCAAGGACGCGACGGACGAGAAGGGGGUGUUCAACGUGGAGGUGCCGUACCAGGUGAACAGCUGCCAGCUCGACCCGUCCGAGUGCCUCGUCCGCCUCGUCGCGUCCGGGGACGAGGGGUGCGCCGUGCUCACCAACUUCAACGGCGGCAGGAGCGGCGAGAAGCCGUCGCGCCCCUACCGGAGCUGCCCCGGCGAGGUCGCCUACCGGGCCGGGCCCUACUACUCCACCCUGCCGCAGUGCGACGUCGACGACGACGACAAGAGCUGCUCCUGAUCGAUCACUGGAUGGAGGAGGCCACCGGCGGUCGAUUUCUGGCUGAUCUUAGUCUCGGCGCGGCCGGCCAUAUGUUGCUGGAACGAUUGAUUCUGGCGUUUCGGUUUACGUUUUUCGGUUUUGGGAAGGUUCCGUCUAGCAUAUACUACUUGUGUGUGUUUGUUUUGCUUCUAAAAAUUGUCCAAGGUGCACGGUCUUUGUAAGAUGCUCCGAUUUGUCCAAGGUCGUUCUGUUUAAUGUC